CAUUGCAUGUUAAUAUUUAUCAUAAGAAAUAGUUUACAUACAAAUUUUAAAUUUUUUAAUUUUAGAACACAUAAAGUACCAAACCGAUAUGCGAAAAGAAAUAUUAGAAGCCACCACUCUCACCGAUCCGGAAGUUCAACCAAACUACAAUUUUGAUAGCAUUGAACUGUCAGGUCUUAUGCUGAUCAGAAGACACAUGACUAAAGGAGCUACAUCUUAUUUAAUCCUCAGCAACAGAUCUUUACCCGGACCAGAUUUCAGCGAGUCGACAUUUGGCGAUUUGUGUCGUUCAAUUGGAGUAUACAAAAGUAUAAUAAACCCAAAUUCAUAUUAUAUAAUAUCUGCUGUGGUUGACAAUUCGAACAAGUGUACUCUUACGGCUGUAGACAACAGUGUUAGCAAAUACAAGCCCAUCAACAGAAAUGUUUACCGAGUGGACGUCGAUCCAGCUAUAAAACUUAGUAGAGAAGUAGAAGCUAACCAGAAUAUUGAGUAGACCAGAAAUCAUAGGUAUAAUUCAUCAAAACUUACA